CGGGUCACAGAGGUGCUGGGGCCCAGGCCAGCCUCUGCCUGGGAAGUUCUCUCUGGAAACAUCUGGUGGGUACUACAGGCCCUAUUCCAGGCCCUAUGGCCUGUGGAACCUCACCACGGGGGGGAGGGCUGGGCCAGACAGAGUCAUCACCUGUGGUGUCGGCCCCAUGGAUGAGAUUGAGUGGAUACACAGACAUCCCAAGGCUGAGGACCUAAGGGUUGGGCUCAUCAGCUGGGCAGGAACCUACCUCACCUUUGAGGCAUGCAAGAAUACAGUCACUGCAACUGCGAAGAGUUUGGGCAGGAGACAGACCUGGGAGAUCCUGGUAAGCAAUGAGCAUGAGACACAGGCCGUGGUGCGACUAAAGAGCGUGCAGGGCCUCUACCUGCUGUGUGAGUGUGAUGGCACCGUGUGUUAUGGCCACCCAAGGACCAGCCACCACGGGUGCUUUCUACUGCGUUUCCACCGGAACAGCAAGUGGACACUCCAGUGCCUAAUCUCUGGUCGUUAUUUGGAGUCCAAUGGCAAGGACGUGUUUUGCACUUCCCGGGUCCUCUCAGCUUACCACAUGUGGACCCCCCGACCAGCCCUCCAUGUCCACGUGAUCCUCUACAGCCCCAUCCACCACCGCUAUGCCCGGGCCGACCCCACUAUGGGCCGCAUCUGGGUGGACGCAGCAGUUCCCUGCCUGGAGGAGUGUGGCUUCCUGUUGCAUUUCCGAGAUGGAUGCUACCACUUGGAGACCUCUACACACCACUUCUUGUCCCAUGUAGACCGGCUGUUCUCCCAACCCUCAUCACAGACAGCUUUUCACAUGCAAGUGCGGCCUGGAGGGCUUGUGGCACUGUGUGAUGGAGAAGGAGGCAUGUUAUAUCCACAGGGCACGCAUCUGCUCUUGGGCCUGGGCUGCAACCCCAUGAGGGGUGAGGAGUGGUUCAUCCUACAGCACUGCCCAACCUGGCUCAGCCUCAGGUCAAAGACUCGGCGGUUCAUCUCAGUCAUCUACGAUGGUGAGGUGCGUGCUGCUUCUGAGCACUUAAACCCAAUGUCCUUGUUCCAGUUUGAAUGUGACAGUGAGAGCCCCACUGUGCAGUUUCGUUCAGCCAAUGGCUACUACCUAGCCCAGAGGCGCCACAGGGCAGUAAUGGCUGAUGGGCACCCCCUGGAGCCUGACACGUUCUUCCGAAUGCACUGGAACUGUGGCAGGAUCAUCCUGCAGUCCUGCAGGGGGCGCUUCCUGGGCAUUGCACCCAACAGCCUGCUGAUGGCCAAUGCCAUCCUUCCAGGCCCAAAUGAGGAAUUUGGGAUUUUAUUUGCCAAUCGCUCCUUCCUUGUAUUGCGAGGUCGUUAUGGCUAUGUGGGCUCCUCGUCAGGCCAUGACCUCAUACAGUGCAACCAGGAUCAGCCCGACCGCAUUCAUCUACUACCCUGCCGACAGGGUAUCUACCACUUCCAGGGGGGGAUCCUUCUGGUCAAUAACAUCCUUUGGCACCUUUCGCCCUUGGGGCAAGUUUGCCCUCAACUUCUGUAUCGAGCUUCAGGGGAGCAACUUACUCACUGUACUGGCCCCCAAUGGCUUCUACAUGCGAGCCGACCAAAGCGGCACCCUGUUGGCAGACAGCGAAGACAUUACCAAAGAGUGUAUCUGGGAAUUUUAGGUCAAUGGGAUGUCACCUACCAAAUCCAAAUCCUCCAGGAAAAAAUACUACAGUAAAUGGAACAGGAACCUCAGAGUCAAGAUCCAAGAGAAGAAUAUCUGUUACAACUUUUCCUACCCAGUUUAGCAAAACACCCCUGUUUUAUGCAACAAUACAUCACAACAGGCCACCCCCAAGAUCCUUGUGUGCAUCUGACUCAGUAUAGAGUAGGGGUCUGGAUGAGGGUUGAAACAGAGGCCCCAGGCUGCUCUAAGUUCUAUCCAGGAGAGACCAAAUGGCAAGCAGUUCUUCCACUGAUCUUCCCCAUCCCUGUCCAGAACUGCUAGACUUUUUCCAGUGAACCCAUGAGCAGCCAGCAUUGCCCUGAAGGGUUUAGAAUCCAGUUAUGACUUUAAAUAUCUUUUUGGUUUAGAAAAAAGGAAAGAUUGUUAAUCUUGUGGGCACAGGAUAAUGGUAAUAACACCUUAUGCCUGGAUAGGCCACUUUACCUCCUCCUACCAUGAUUUAUUCAACUUCCCUACCCAACAUUACCUUUUUUCCAGUGAAGUGGGUACUUCCUCCACCACUUCUUACCUUUUUUUUUUUUUUUUUUUGACAGAGUCUUGCUCAGUCACCCAGGCUGAAGUGCAGUGGCAGUGGUGUGAUCUUGGCCCACUGCAACCUCCGCCUCCCGGGUUCAAGCAAUUCUCCUGCCUCAGUCUCCCAAGUAGCUGGGAUUACAGGCGCCUGCCACCACCCCCAGCUACUUUUGUGUGUGUGUGUGUGUUUUUAAUAGAGACGGGGUUUCGUCAUGUUGGCCAACCUGGUCUUGAAUUCCUGACCUCAGGUGAUCCACCCGCCUCGGCGUCCCAAAGUGCUGGGCUUACAGGUGUGAGCCACCAUGACCGGCAGACUUCUUACCUUUCACAGACAGCGAAAGUGAUUUGCCCGAGAUCUCAUGACUAAUCACAGCACAGCUAGGCUUCUGACUCAAAUCCAACUCUAAUGUCCACCAUUCUUCCAAUCAAAGCAGGAUUUCCAAAAUGUCUGUCAUUCUUACACUGUCUUUGUGACUUUGGCCUUUAUCUACCUACCAUCUGCCGUAUUAAUGUUUUUAUUGACAUAGACUCUUAAAUACAUUUAUUUAGAAAGGAAUAUUUUUUCACUAUCAUAAAAUGGAAAGCCAGAAUCACUUACCAUAAGUGGAAAAUGACUAUAAAAAUAAAUACAGGUAUACCUCAGAGAUAUUGUGGGUUCAGUUCCAGACCACUGUGAUAAAGCAAAUAUGGCAAUAAAAUAAGUCACACAAA